GGUACGAGAGGACGCGCGUCACGGAUAACACACACUCCAAAUCUGGCCCAAUCUGGCAACACUGUCAAGGAGCAGAGACAAGGAGCAUUGGGGACGGCGUCUCGAUCACACUGGAAACAGACAGAUACAUGGACUAUUGGAUGCAUUCGUUGUUUGCUGAAUUACCCUAACGCAAUGAAACAAGCCUCAAUCAUGUGACAUCGGGAUUAUGCCAAACUUCAACCAGCAACCUCCAAAAGGCUUCGCACUUUUGACAGCUGUCAUUUAUUUUUCCCAUCGUUAUGACGAAAUAUAAACUAAUCCUAACAUUUAUGUUGAUGGCGGUGUCAUGGCAUGGCACCAUCGGUGAACCACAGACUCUCUCCUCACCUGCGACGCGUUUGAACUCAACCACAUCCAUGACUGAGGAUCAGUCGAAGAUGAACUCUUCCACGGCCUCCACCGAGUCUCGUAUCUCAUCCAUACUGACCCACCUACCCACUUUGAAGGUCCUUGUUAUCCUCAUCGUCGUGGUGACAGCUGUGCUCAUCACGUGCCUGGUCAUUAAAGUAAUCAGAUCUGGAAGACGAAUUCGGAAAACACGAAAGUAUGACAUUAUAACGACGCCCGCCGAGCGAGUGGAGAUGGCGCCACUCAAUGACGAUAAUGAGGAUGAAGACGACUCAACCCUCUUUGAUGUCAAGUACAGGUGAAUGGAAGCAUUGGCGUCAACAUCAUUUUUUGUUAGAAGAAAAUCUGAAGUACUUUACAUUACACACUUUGUAUUGUAUGUUGAAAACUUGACAAUUUCCCCAAACUUCAGCAAUGUGAUUUUUAUUGAAGGUUGCUCUUCUGACAUUUUUUAUAAAGUCUUAAUAUUUGGGCUGCCAUCAUCCCAUAAUAACAAAUUUCCCGUCAGAUAUGAAUUGAAACCUACAUUUGAAUGUUUCAGACAAUGCACCACAUGUUUGGCAGGAGUUCAUUGUAAGAUUCUGUCUCAUGUACUAUCACAAACUCAUACAGAGAGACUCAAACAGAACAUGUUUUAAUUUCAGCCCUAGUUGUUAGCCUGGCCAAUUCAUUUAAGUGUACUUGACUAAAGCCAAGACCAAUAUUUGCUGAAUCAAAUGUACGAAGCAUUGUUCAUUUACAGAUGCCAUUUGUGUUUUAACAGUAUGCUGUUUACUGCCAUACUGAAGGUGGUUCUUAUGGCACAUAUAAGAACUGACUUCUCAUAUGAUAUGAGAAGUCAGUUCUUUGCUUGUACUAAGUUGCAGAUCUACUGAUUAAUGGAAAGGAAAAUAUCAUUCCAUUAGCUAGGAGUAGGCUGACUUUCACGUCAAUGAUUGCACUGAAUUAAUUCUAUAAAGUCAACCCUCUGAUAUAAUCGCUGAUAUCAGCUGCUAAGUGGGAUGGCAAAAAUGGAACUGCUUACCAAUGACUCUUCGGUCACACAGCUGAAACUCUGAGCUGAUAACUAUUCUUUGACAAUGGCUGGCCUUUGGCUUAAUUUUUUUUCUUGGUGUUUUUUAAGAUCAAGUUUCCUUUGUCUAUAAAGGAAUGUAGGCUUUCACUGACCUUCCUCAAGGACAAUUGGACAGGAUGUGUGUGUGUGUGUGUGUGUGUGUGUGUGUGUGUGUGUGUGUGUGUGUGUGUGUGUGUGUGUGUGUGUGUGUGUGUGUGUGUGUGUGUGUGUGUGUGUGUGUGUGUGUGUGGCUUUGACCUCCCACCCAGAGAAUGAAUACUGCUUUUAAUGUCUUAGGACAAUAUCUGAAGUCCUGUGUUACCUUUCUUGUAGGUGUUCCUCUGUACAAAAAUACAUAUUACAAAGCUUUAUCUGUACAUGUCUGUAAAUUCAUUGGACAUAUAUUAAAGAUUAUAUCAAUUAUC